UGUCACAGAGACGUAGGAAUUGCGUAUUUUGGUUGCGUGCUAAUUACUAAAAAUAAUUGUAAAUUACUUUUGUAAAUGUGUAAAUAGCACCUGUAGUAAUUCCAUGUAAAUAUCGAAACGAUUUUUUAUGAAAAGUUAGUGUUAAUGUGAAGUGCGGAGUGUUUAUCUAGCUUUAUGCUAUAAAUAGGCGAAAACGAGAAAAUAAUUGAACUUACACUAAACGUCGCUAGACAAUAACAGGGAUAAAAUAAAGUAGACAUGGUAGUUCGCUGGACGAACCUCUCAUAGUACAAGAGUUAGCACAAUGGGACAACAGACAUCUAGGAAAAUACCGUGUGUAGGUGGUGAGUGCAGCUGUGGAUGCGGCGCGUGGGACAGGCGACGGUACGCGGAGUCACCCAGCAGCGUGCAUAGAUAUGUCAGCGCUGUUACUGAUAGAUGGAAUGGUCGGGAGUGCGCAUGCAGAAGACGUCGGUGGCGAAGGCCUGCAUGUGUCUGCACGGCAUAUAGAAGAGUCAGUGAUGACAGAUUGGCUGCCGUCCUGACUUUGGGAGCGAGAGAUUUAAGACGGGAACUAGAUGCUAUUGUCUUAAAUGCAGAUAAUGAAUCAACAAGAGAAAUAGAACCAAACGCUGAAGUCUAUGUUCUCUCUGUUGCUCCGAGAACAGAAGCGGAAACAGUACAAGAAUGUCAUAGAAAUGAACUGACCACAGCAAAUGAUGGCUCCAUAAGGUUACAUCCACAUUUCCAAGUGGUAUGCGGUGGAGAGCUGAGGGCACUACUGUUGCGUGCUCCCGCCCUCCCUCACACGGGUCACGCCCCCCUCGCCCCGCUCGCACCCCUCGCACCCCUAGUGCCAUUAACACCCCCCGCUAAAGUUCACACGCAGGUGGACUACAUCCACUGCCUGGUGCCGGAUCUGCAGGAGAUCACCGCGUGCUCCUUCUACUGGGGCAAGAUGGACCGCUACGAGGCUGAGCGGCUGCUGGACAAUAAGCCUGAAGGCACUUUCCUACUCCGGGACUCGGCGCAAGAGGAACAUCUAUUUUCUGUAUCGUUCCGUAAAUACGGACGUUCUCUGCACGCGCGCAUCGAACAUUACCAGCACAGGUUCAGCUUUGACUCGCACGAUCCAGCUGUCUUCGCAGCGCCGACAGUCACUGGAUUGAUUGAACAUUAUAAGGAUCCAGCUUGUGUGAUGUUCUUCGAGCCGAUGCUGACGGCGCCUCUUCCUCGUACCGAGCCCUUCUCCCUGCAGCAGCUCGCGAGAGCUGUCAUCGUCUCACACACAACAUAUGAUGGUGUGGAACAGCUGCCGCUGCCGGCGCGGCUGAGAUCAUUCCUCAAGGAGUAUCACUACAGGCAGCGUGUGCGCGUGCGCCGUCUCGAGGCGGACGUCUACCUGCCGCACUGCUAGCACUGCCCACCUCCACCCCCACCCCCACAUCACACCACAUCACACAUCACCUCAACUCAUCAUUUAAUAUAUCGGAAUAUAGAUGAUUCUACCCGUAGAGGUAGUCAGCCAUCAUAGAUGAAGCAUUUCCAAAGUGAUAUAACGAACUUCAAAAAUAUAUACUGAACUUUGGAUACGUCACGUGAGCGUUGGUGGCUCAGGAGUUAAGCACUUGAUUUAUAAUCUGUAGCUCCUAGGUUCGAAUCCAUCGUGAUGCUGCACAUAUCUGUGAAUGUCAAAGAUAUGUGUGAAACGCACUGGACCAGCAUUCACUAUCACAUAGUUACACUUAGGGUAACGAGACAAUCAGUGGGGAUGUAUGAGCUGAUGAUGAAGUCACGUGAUAGUGAAGUUUGUUAUAGAAUUGCUUCAGAGUAAAAUAAUUUUGUUUCACCCUCAGGUUAUUAGAUAUGACAGUUUUAUCUUUGUUAAUUUUAUUUAUUAUAAGUUUAAAUCCGAUGGAUCACUUAGUUUCAAUAUGGCGAAGGCACAAAAUAUUACGUCUUAUAGCAAGUCUAUGUAUAGAGGUUAUAUAAGUGGUGGUAUAUUGAAGAUGUAAGCAGACUAGUAUUUCCGAUGUUCUGGGUUUUUUUUGGUGUCAGGAAGGUGGCGUCCAUAAAUUACGUGAGAUGUUUUUUUUUUGUAAUUUUCUGCUCUUUCUGCUCCUGGUGAGAUGUCGUGAGAUUUUAUUCAACCCCAAUCUUACGUGAGAUUUUUCAAAAAAUGAAUUUCUUAACACGUUGGUUUGUUAUUGUAAAAAAAAAUAGCGUGAUAUUUGCCGGGACCCCCCCCCCUCUCUCAAACGUAAGAUUAGAUGAGAUUUGACUCUACCCCCUCCCACCCUUAAACACCUCACAUGGACUCUCAUGGACGCCCCGAAGUCUUCCAAAGAUAAGGUAUUUUAUGUGGCCUGACGCCCUUUUUGUAUCUAUAGCCCAGGGCGAUUGCCCCAUCUCGCCCUGCCCUUUACUUGAUAUGGUAUAAAAUUAAGGCCUUAAAUAGAUCCAAACAUUCUUUUUAUAUCUUGAUUUAAGACGAAACGCGGAUUAUUGACCUUUUUAAAUCGCGAGCAUGUAUGAAAACUUUAAAAUCACAGAGGAUUUUUGACACUGGCGUCUACCUCUAUCAAUUUACAGCGUAAUUGUGUGUCUUAUGGUGGGUUUCUGAGGCUAAAAUCUCCGUUUGAAACAUAUUAUCUCUAUUUACUUAUAGUUUGUUCUCAGAAACCCUCAGUUAGUGAUGUAUAUGAGGUAUCAUUGUUCGGUAGUUUGAAUUCGAUAGUAAAGUUUGGAGUUUUUGAUAAUUUCAGUUAAUUUUCUUUUAUUGGGUAGUUAAAAAUCGAAAAAUCUACGAAAUUAUCUAGACAUUUGUAUAUAUAAUUAAG